AUGGACCCCGUCGUGGCUUCUUCUCCCACCGUCCUCACCACCUCCCGGCCUUCCCCUCCCGCCAGUCUUACCUUGUUCCCUCAGGCUUACGCCGACAAUGGACCAGAGCAAGGUAUCAUCCCUUCCAUACUCUCCAAAGUCAAGUCUACUUUCACCUCCAGUGUAUCAACUCCCUCUGCCAGCGGCGAUCUACCCCCUCAGUCCCUCAAACCACAGGAGAAAGGACCUUCGGACACGCAGCGUUCACCACCUCGGGUGAUCGUCCAGACUGAAGCUCAGGCUUUGGCAGAAGCGGUCAAGAAAGGUACACAUGUUCGUCGAAAGUCAGGGUCAGCUCCCACUGUCAGCAUACAACCUCUCACCGCUCUCGCCGAGGAGCCAGGACCUUCUACCCGCCCUUUUCCUAGUCCCGUACUUGCUACCACGUCGCCCCGACAUGCAACCCAUCGACCUAUCAGACCCGCCUUGAGUACUGUCACCUCUGAUAGUAGUAUCCCCUCUAUCCAACCUUCUAUACUCUCCAUCCACUCCGAAGCAGAAGCAUCAUUGAAGAAGCUCGUCAAUCGAAAUAGCGGACGAUGGCGUCCUCUCGGAGCUGCAUCAGCCCUAGUUGGUGUAGCUGCCGUACCAGAAGUGACCGGUAUCAUGGCCAGUGACUCGGCUUCGACUCGUAGCGGUGCGACCAUGAACUUUCCAGCGGCACUUCAAGCCGCCCGAACACACUCCAGAGCUCGAUUUGGACAAUCGAGUAUUUCUUCACCCCGUUCCAAACCCCUAAUCUAUCAGGCGUACCCUCAGCCACCCGGCCGGAGACGACGAUCUUCCAAUGUCACCAUUCCGGAUUCUCCUUCUUCAGUCUCACUUUCAGCCAUGAUCGCGCACAACGCAGAGCUCAGCCAGAACAACCUCUCUUCCAUACCUGGAUUCUCCAUCCAAGAUGAUACCCGCAGCGUCCGGAGUUUCGCGAUGCCAAAGAAUGGAACCAAUGUCAGCCGAAUCAUCAGGAGAAUACGCGGAGAAGGCCUGAGCAAGCAGUAUUGGAUGUCAGAUGAAAGCUGUAAGGAAUGCUACGACUGUAAUUCCACAUUCUCUGCUUGGCGGAGGAAACAUCACUGCAGGAUAUGCGGUCAGAUAUUCUGCAGUCGAUGUGCUUCCAAUAUUAUCACCGCCAGCCGAUUCGGUCAGGACGGUGCUGUCCGAGUGUGCAACAUCUGCAUCAAAAUCAUGGAUCAAGUCAGAAAUGACGAUGACGAUGAUCGUCGCUCUAUCACCUCCGUCGCCACGUCUUUUCGCUUCCCAAGCGGACCUGAUGCGGCCUUUCUGGAUGUUCCAGCUGGACACGAGGGUCAUUACGUCCGUUCACCAUUUGCCGCUAGUCAGCUUUUCAUAAGCCAACCGAACGAAUCGCUCAUGGCUAUCGACGAGGGUGAGGUACCGAGCGGUUGGGGUGGCGACAUGCAGGCCGAUCGUCCACUCACUCCUUUGGACAUAGGCGGGUCACAAAUCUCGGAGAACGACGACGACGAUCAUAUAUGGGCAACGAGGCCCAACACUGCCGCGCCCUUCCGGCGACCUAUCGACCAAGAUGCUGAGGCAGCGAGCAUGACAGAGGAAGAAAAGACCGGAGAAGAAUCACAAAAUGUAGAGACGCCAUCUCCUGGUGACGAUCCAGGGCAAGAUAUUGAGGUUCAAUCACCCAUCCCUCCUCGCAUCAAUGAACCUUUACGGCGAGGCAUACCGUUUCCGCGGACGGACACCGUGUCUACAGACGGAGGCGAGCUCGCACUUGGAGAUUCGCGUGGGCUUAUAGGAUUAAGAACUACGAUUAGUACCAGGGAAAGUCAUGGUGGAUUAGCAGCACUUGUAGAGCCAGACAGAACUGAAGGACUUUGGCGAGCCCGAACUAGAUCUUUUGCGGGCAACGCCGAUGUCAUUGUCGGUGCGUCUAUCCGACAUUUUCACAUCAUGCUGCAACAGGCUUUAGCAAGGGCGGAACUGUCACACGCCGCACAAUGGCACGAUGCUUUGAGCAAGCUUCUGCUUCGUGUUUCCACCAAUGUUCUUCCCGAUGUCCGUGCUGGGGACUCUAUGGACGUGCGAAACUAUGCCAAGGUCAAGAAGGUGCCCGGAGGGAGGAUUGCCGACUGCGAGUAUGUGGACGGGAUGGUCAUCUCGAAGAAUGUUGCCCACAAGCAUAUGCCUCGUCGUUUGGUGAACCCUCGUGUCAUGGUGGUCACCUUUCCUUUGGAUUACCACCGUCUGGAGAAUCAAUUCAUGUCACUUGAGCCCAUCAUGGCUCAAGAGAAAGACUACCUGAGACUUCUGACUAAACGCGUCAUCGACGUGCGACCUCACAUCGUCCUGGCCGAUCGUUCUGUAUCGAGUAUCGCUAUCGAGCAUCUACUGGAAGCGAAUAUCGCUGUAGCCCGUAACGUGAAACUGUCUGCAAUACAACAAGUCGCUCGAUGUACACAAGCAGACGUUAUUGCUUCCAUGGAUCGACUGGUACUUGAACCUCGACUCGGAAGAUGCUCCGAGUUCAAUGUCCAAACCUUCGACAACGGAUUCAUUCCCGGUCGACGCAAGACCUUGAUGCGCUUCGAGGGAUGUCAAAGAGAAUACGGUUGUACACUCAUUCUCCGUGGAGGGGACCUUACUACCCUUCGUAAAGUCAAAUUGAUCGCUAAAUUCAUGUCAAUGGUCGCUUAUCAUCUGCGGAGCGAAAUUGUCAUGUAUGGUGAUCAGCAUUCAAUCCCUCCUCCUCGCCCUCCCCUUUCCGACGAGUACGAGGCCGUGCUGAAGCUACUUCGAUCGGGUGGGAAACCUCAGCUUUCGCAUCUCGAAGAUAGCGCGAUAACCAUCAGUCCAUCAAAGUCCACUGGGACCUUGUCGGUCACCGACGAUAUUGGGCGACAUCAUGAUGGAGAGGAAGGAGCGGAAACGACUUUGAAAAUCGCGACUAGUCUCGAACCGUAUCUGACCACCGUCCUCUCGGCUUCGACAGCCGUUCGAUUCCCUCCGCCCUAUGCGUUGGCUCGAAUGGCUCUGCUCGACCGUCGCCUUUCUAGUCUAAAAGUAGCACACGAUGAAGAGGAGGCAGCACAGAUACUUGAAGAGGAGACGAAAGCUACUGAAACGGGCAGACUCGCCGUUCCCCUCCCCGACGUCGAGCCCAAGCUGGCCACUUCUGUACCAUCAUCUGAAACGAGUCUCCCGUCCUUGGCAGAAGUCCCAAGCAGUACGGCGAUGAGUGCGAUUGCUAGUGGGCCAGCUCCGACGAGGGAGAGCACCCGAGAUCCCUAUCGAGUAUUACGCAAGCCAGAGGAAGUACACCGUGAGAGUACGCUGCAACAAGUCAAGCACGAACAUCAAGAGCAACUUCGAGCAUGGGCCUGGUAUACUCGACGUCACACCAAUCCCCUGAGGCCAGAAGACUAUCAAAGUAUCGUCUACCUUCACUCCAUGGGAACAGAAGGAGCGGAGAAACCAUGCGUUGAACCUCGUCUCGAAUCCAUCAACUUUUACCAGCCGGGAGACGAAACUUUAGGUCAAUACUUCGAACGACUGGCUUCGGAUGCAUGGCAUCGAUGCGGCAGUAAGACGUGCAAUCGUCUGUUAUUACAUCAUUAUCAUCUUCUUGUCCACGGCGAGCGCCGCUUACAGAUUGCUAUCGACGAGUUCAAUUGUCCUAUACCGGGCUUCGAAGAUCAAAUCUUGGUUUGGAAUUACUGUCCCAUCUGCAGUACAGCUUCGCCUGUGGUUGUGACCCACGAGGAGUCUUUGAGAAUGUCAUGGGGAAGUUAUCUGGAACAAUGCUUCUGUCCCCCGGAAGUACCUGCCGAUUUUGCCUGCUCACAUGACGCUUUUCGUGAUCAUAUUCGAUACUUCGCCUACCACAAUCUCGCUAUUCGUAUACAUAACGAGAAGAUCGAUCUCUACGAACCCGUCAAACCGUCCGUCGUACUACAGGUCAAACCAGAGAGCAAAGUCUUGUUGAAGAAUCAAGAAUACGAGAGUGCUUUACAAAAGAAUACUUCUUUCUUCGACUCCGUUCUCUUUCGUCUUCGUGCUUUUGACGAGAAUCUCGUUGAACCGGCCAAACAAUCCGCUCUCAGAGUAUCACUUCAGACGCUACUAAGCAAGGCUGUGACGGAUAGAGAGGAAAUGGUCAAUCUGCUCAACAGAACAUACAAGCUUACUCCUCUCACAGAUGUGUUGGCGCUGAAUGCUGUGUUGAGAGCACUGCAAGACAAGGUGGUUCACUGGGAUCAGGAGUUUACCGACCUGGAGAAAUCCUUCAUGCCGUCUGAGAAGGAUCUUAGGUACAUGACGGCAAAUCAUCUCAAAAAGCUCUUCGCCAACCCGGAUGUUUUUGGAACGCUUGAAAAAUCGGUAGUCGGACUGACUGUACCUGAAGUGGAUGAAAAAGAAUCUCGAACCUCACAGGAUAGCUUGAGCACGACAGAGCCGCCUACUCCGGCAUUUUCGAUGGACAGUGAUAGUACCGAUGCUCUCCUGGACCCACCCGAGCUGGAGAUCGGUCCGCCUUCCGAGGAAGUCACACCAUUGGCUGGCGUACUCAGCCCCCGUCAAAACCCAUUAUCAUCAUUGGCACCGCCAUCCGGAUCUCCGUCAGAUGGGGAUUCCGACUCGACCAUCUCUGCUGUCAGAAUCUACCACGGUGAAGAUGGGAAAGACACUUUCCGUCGCCGUCGGCAAAGGGAUAAGAUGGUCUCGGGCAGUAUGGAAAGCGACGGGAAAGAAUUUGCCUCCCGUAUCCCUCGUCCACAACAAGCACCAAGCGACCAACAACGUCCCGCGCGUCCAAAAUUACGACGGAACCGUACUGAACAACCUCCAUCCUCGCGACAUCGUGAUACUUCCAAGCUGGGUGUCAUAUCUGAUGGAGAGAGGAGUUAUGCUGCGUACGCCGCUCGAGCCCCAUCCGCGUUUGGUAAGAGAGGUCUCGGCGGACCGUCAACCUUGCGACCGAAGGACAUGACUCACAGUCGGAAGUCAUCUAUGCAAAGUAAUAACUCUGGCCGGUCUACCGAACCUUCUCCAAACCCGCUUCCUGAACGUUUGACUCGACAUUCGUCGACUCGUCGAGUUCAGAAAGUCACCAAUGAACGCAAUGCUGAAAAGGGGAAAGGAAGAGCUACACCAGAGCCUGGUAGUGCGAACCUUGCCAUGCCUACACUGCGACGUACAGUCACCAAGAAGACUAUCACUGGUCCUCGCAGUUCCACAGUGCAACGUGCUAUCGAAAGAUACAACGAGAUCGCUCGUAGGGCCGACGAAGCGAAACGGAAUGCCAUCACCCAUAUGCGAGCUAGAAGAGCUCGUCCAGUGGAACCCACCCGAGCCAAAGUGUUCGAGUUCAACAAUUUACGUGACGCGUUCAGAGAGGAUGAUGAAACGGAUUCCUCUCAAGCAGGCGAUAAUGAGCAGGAUCAAGAUGCCGGAAGUGAUGAUAGCGCAGACUCGAACGCACCACCAUUGCCACGCUCGAACUCUGAACCUUCCCACGGUACGCAGCUGAUCGGUAUCGUACCUCCACCAUUGAAGUCGCCCCAUGUUAAGACUGUCCCGAUGUCCCCUAUAUCUGCGGCUUUGGACGUGACCCCAUCUUUGACAAGCGACGUAGCUUCUGUCGUUUCGCUCAGUGAUCGACUUCACGUCGAGUUGCCAAGCUUUGAGACAAACGCCCCGUUGCCUAGUAUUCCUCCCACACCCCAAAUGUCUUCCUUGUCCAUGACGGACACUGCGGAUGAGGGCAAGGCGGCUCCUUCUUUGGUGUCUCACAUGUCGGAGAGCGAGUUGAGUUCAGGGGGAGAGAGAUCGUCUAUCAUGAAGACUUUGACGGGUUUAUGGGCUUUCAGAGCGGGAGAUUUUACACCUUUGGACUAUCCUCUAUCUGCUUCAGAACACCUUUUCGCCGAUUCCAAGGUCAUCAUCCGCGAAAGCGAGCCCACAAGUAUCAUUGCCUUCACUCUCAGUUCCAAGAACUACCGCGAUAAAAUGACCAAUGUUUAUAUGGCUCAACGUAAACUGGACGAAAAUGUCGAAGCUUUCAUGCCUGAGGAAGGGACCACGGAUCGUAGUUCCACAUGGGACAUUGUCUCCAUUGGCGAGACUAUGGAUCGUGAUGAUACAUCCCGUCGGGAUGGAGGGACGCAUUUGAAAUAUGACUUCGAAUCUGGUACUUCUACCAUUUUCUGUCGCAUCUUCUUCGCGGAACAAUUUGCCACCUUACGUUCAGUCUGUCAAUGCGAGGAAAACUUUGUCGAAUCUCUCUCCCGAUGUGUCCAAUUUGAUGCCGCUGGCGGGAAAUCAGGCUCUGCCUUUUUGAAGACCAAGGAUGAUAGAUUCAUCGCCAAAGAGAUCUCUCGAUUGGAAAUGGACGCUUUGACAAAGUUUGCUCCUGCGUAUUUCGAUUACACUCGCAAGGCGUUCCAAAGCGAUCGUCCAACUGUAUUGGCAAAGAUAUAUGGAUUCUUCAAGAUUGGGUAUAGAAAUGCGGUGACUGGUCGAACUAUGCGGAUGAAUGUUCUCAUCAUGGAGAAUCUGUUUUAUGAAAGACGUUUCUCUAGGAUUUACGAUCUGAAAGGAAGUACAAGGAAUCGAUUGAUACAGCCUACCGGAAGAGUAAACGAAGUUUUAUUAGAUGAGAAUCUGUUAGAAAUCGCAUAUAAACAUCCUCUGUAUUUACGUGAUCAUUCGAAACGCGUUUUGAGACUGGCACUAUAUAAUGACACACUUUUCUUAUCCAAUCUCAACGUUAUGGAUUAUUCCCUGGUAGUCGGGGUCGACCCGGAUAAGAAAGAAUUGGUAGUUGGGAUUGUUGAUUAUAUCCGAACUUUCACUUGGGACAAAAAGCUCGAAUCAUGGGUUAAAGAUUCUGCUUUUCUUGGCGGAGCAGGUAAAGGAGAACCGACCAUUGUCACUCCCAAACAAUAUAAACUGCGGUUCAGAGGAGCGAUGGAAAAGAAUUACUUUCCUGCCGUACCGGAUAGAUGGACCAAGAUCGGGUCGGACGAAUCGCAGGUGGACGAGGAAGGUGAGCAGGCCAAGAGUUGA